UCACGAGACAAGCAGCCAGUCAAAACGAUAGUGGCGGUAGCCGGGUGUUGUUUUUUGUUUUCUCCUCGUCUUAAUAGUGAUUACGACUCAUGCAAUCGUCCACGCAAUCAUGUGCAACAGCGACUUUAGCACGUCAGGUUAGCAGUGUUGUUUACCCACCAGCGACUCGGAACUCCGCCUCUUGUAAGCGCUGAGAGGACGAGGAGGAGGAGGUGGAGAGGGGGGUUGGGGGGCAGGGCAGAGGAGUGAGGUCAGCAGCCGCCUAGCAUGAGUCAAUCUCGGGCAAAGCAACGCAGCAGUCAUCGCCGCCUCGGGUCUGCACGGCGCGGACGGACCGAGCGUCACCGUCGUCGUCCGCAGCGCGACCUUUCGUAACGUUAAACACGUUGUCACCCAUGAAUGAGGAAGGAAAGAAAAAAAAAUCGGACAAGGAAGAGGAAGAUAACUUGAUGUCGAUGCAGUUCUACUCCUCUUCGGUCUUGUACUUAUGCGACUGCGUCACGGCAAAGAACAAUUAGAGUGACUCGAAGGUUUUCCCCGACGCCGGAUUUUUCAUGCUGACCAUGAGCGUGCCGGCCCAGCAGAAACCUGGCGCAGCAAAACGAACGGGCAAACGCAUCACCUUUUUUUCCGAUCCCACCGGAGCCAUGAAGGAGACCGCUCAGCACGCCGAAGCGUCCUACUACAUCCAGGGCGGCGGCGGCGGCGAACCCGGGAAAACGGAGGUGGCGAGUGGCGCGGCGGCCAAUCCGGAGGGCCAUCGCGUGUACCUCAACUCGGUUAUCUUCAGCCCCGACAAGGGCGACCAGAACAGGGGUCACUAUCAGCAGACGCUGCCUAUGAAGUGGCCCCACCAGGAGUCCGGUCAGCCGCAGCCGAGAACUGCCACUUGGACCCCCGUGGCCAACUGGGGACAGAACUUUGUCAACUACUUGAGUGACUCCAGGAACCAGACGGCCUUCAUAAAACAAGAAACCGGAGACAAGGCCGGAGACAAACAACCGCCCGUCCACGACCCCACGGCGGACUUAUACCGAGACGCUGUGAAGUCAAGGGGUCUCGAUUGGGACCAGCAGCAGCAGCAGCAGUCCCAGGCUUUUCAGGAGACCCUGAAACCCGGGGCGCUGAACCCCCAGCCCAACAGCGCGUCCCACCCGGUGGGCAGCUCGGUCUUGCAGCCCUUUCAGUUGGCGUUCGGGCAGCCCCGGCAGCACCUGCCCCCCUACUACCAAAGCUUCCAAGGCAACGCCAGGUUACCCAACCCGCCCAACUACUCUGUGCAGGCCAAGCUGCCCCAGCAGGCGCCGCAGCUACAGCGGCAGAACCUCAUCCAGCAACAACUUCAACAGCAGCAGCAGCAGCAGCAGCAGCAGAUCAUUCGUCGCAGGCAACAGCAUCAACAGCUCCAAAUGCAACAUCAGCAGUUGCAACAACAAAGCCAGCAUGUGCUCGACUACUACCCGCCGAACGUGCACUCCCACCCGCAGUUCGUACACUCCCAGGAGCCAUCGUUGGCGGCCGCCCCGCCCCAAAUCCAGGAGCCGCUCAUCCAGGACAUCACCCCGGAACCGCAAUCGUUAGACCCGCCGUCCCUUCCCUCGGUUCUGCCGGAGCCCUCGUCGGAGACGCAGAACCUCCGCAGGUCGCGGCGCCUCUCCAAGGAAGGCGGGGCGCCGUCGGACGACAACACCUUCCCGGGCGACCCGGCCAUGCGGGGCCCUCAGAACGGGACGCGCGGCGGUGACGCCGACGUCCUGGCCGCCCCGACGGGGGUCAUCCAGAGCACGCCGCGGCGGAAGCGCCGCGUGUCGCAGGAAGUCAACUUGGAAACUCUGGCGCAGAAGGCUUCCGAGAUGGAGACGCUGCCGUCGCAGGACGUCAAGGAGCCGCACAGGUCCUGGGGUCCCUCCCAGCCGGGCGGCCCCAGCAUGAAGCGGCCGCGAGACGACGGCCUGCUCCCGCUCGUCAUCCCCGUGUCGGUGCCGGUGCGCCGGCUGGAGCUUUCCUCGUGCGGCGACCGCGCCGGCGCGGCGCCGGCCUGCGGCUGCCCGCCGGAGACCGCCGGCGCGGAGCGCAAGCCGUCGGUCAUCGUCACGCGCCGCCGCUCGCUGAGGAACUCGCUGAACGAGGGCUCGGAGCAGAACGGCGAGGACGCGCGGGCGGACGACGACGUGAAAAAGCUGAAGCGGCGCCCCCGGCCCGAGCCCCUCUUCAUCCCGCCGCCCAAGCCCGGCGCCUUCAUGGCGCCGGCCGCCGUCUACUCGGCCGUCACGCCGUACCAGAGCCACCUGCGCUCGCCCGUCCGCCUGGCCGACAACCCGCUGGCCGUGCCGCCCUACACGCCGCCGCCCAUCCUCAGCCCCGUGCGCGAGGGCUCCGGGCUCUACUUCGCCACCUUCCUGUCGGCGGCGCCGUCCGCCACGCCCACGCCCGUCCGCCUGGCCGACAACCCGCUGGCCGUGCCGCCCUACACGCCGCCGCCCAUCCUCAGCCCCGUGCGCGAGGGCUCCGGGCUCUACUUCGCCACCUUCCUGUCGGCGGCGCCGUCCGCCACGCCCAAGUCGGCCUCGCGCAACCUUCUCUGCUCAAGUAGCUGCGACAUGACUCCUCCAAUUCUGUCCGCAGUGAGUGAGCCCACUCCAGUCAGCAUUGAGCCACGGAUAAAUAUGGGGUCGCGGUACCAGGCGGAGGUGCCGGACCUGAGGCCGCGCUCCCUGGUGGAGCUGGACACGCACGGAGCCGAGCUGGUCUGGGCUCCCCUGACGCAGCUGGAGGACAAGCCGGACUACCACAAAAGAGUGAAAGACCUGAUGCACCUGGCAUGUUCCAGCGCUUUGUGCGGCGGAGGCAGCAACCAGGAGCUGGCCCACCAUUGUCUGCACCGGAGCAACGGUGACAUCAUGGCCGCUUUAUCCCUGCUCAUGCUGAGCGAUCCCAUCUUUCCAAAGUCCCACUCGUUGUCCGACUACCACUACUCAGGAUCUGACAAGUGGUCCGCGGCCGAGCGACGGCAGUUCAACAGAGGCAUGGCCACCUACAAGAAGGAUUUCUUCAUGGUGCAGAAACAGGUGAGCACCAAAACGGUGGCGCAGUGCGUGGAGUUUUACUACUCAUACAAAAAGCACGUCAAGGUCGGCCGAAACGGGACGCUGAUCUACGGCGAGGCGGCGUCUCCGUCUGGCGGGACGACCGAGGAGGAGGAGACCAAUCCAAAUAAGGCCUCUCAUAGACUACAGCAGCAGCAGCAGGAGGAAGAAGACAACAGGAAGUGGGAAGGCUCAGCUGACAGGAAACAAGAAGUCGGCCCUGUGCACAAGCUGCCCUCGGCCGAGACCACCGCCACGGUCCUGAUCAUGAGGUCCCAGGAGGACGUUGUGGCCAGGGAUGGGCCGCCGCCGCCGCCACCGCCUCCUCCUCCUCACGUCGUCGCACCCCCUCACAGAGAUAUGAGCAUGUCAAAAUGUGAAAACCACUUAGUAGCUAACGAGCCCGGCUUCUCCACCAGGGUGUUUUACAAGGUGAAGAGCCGCAGCGCUCACAUGAAGAGCCACGCCGAGCAGGAGAAGAAGGCCGCCGCCCUGCGCCAGAAGGAGGCGGAGGACCGCGCCCGCGCCGCCCAAGCCCAGGCCCGGGCCGCCGCUUUUAUGGCCGCCCGCCAGCCGAUCGCCACGCGGCAGGCGGGCGGUGACAGCGAGGACGACGAGGACGACACUUCGGACAGCGAGGACGAUGACGACGACUGGCAGUGACGCACUUCACUGCGAUCGCACCUUCAGGGACGUUUGUGUGCGUGUGCGUGUGUGUGUGUGUGUGUGUGUGUGUGUGUGUGUGUGUGUGUGUGUGUGUGCGCGUGUGCGUGUUCUCUAAGCUCUGCAACCUCAAAUCAAAAGCCAUGCUGCUUUUUUUUUCCUGCUUUUUUUUUCUCCACCCCGACAGCCAUCACCAGGCUUUUCCCCCCUUCCCGCCUUCCCAGGACCUUUGACCUUUUUUCAGACAGGUGGGACUGUUGCACUCUAGCGUCUUGUAAGAGUCAAUGCCUCUUUGACAAUCAAAAACAUCUAGAUAUACUGUACAUAUACAGGGUAUUGCAAUUCUUUCUGUCCCCUGUGGCUACUUUGUACUUCCUGUUGUGUUUCUAUUCUUGUUGAUAAUUUUUUCAGUUAUGAUUGUCUUGAGCAUGUUGAGGUUUUGUUUUUGUUUUUUAUUUAUUUCAACCAAUAGGAUGGCUGCUUGUUGGUUACUGUGAAGAAUUAAAAAGGGCAGGCCUGCAAUAGAUGGAGCGCAACACACAAACACACACACACACACAAAAAAAAAAUUUUUCACUGGAGGGUUUUUUUCCCACAUGUGAGGACGCUGCGAUGUUUCUCUAUCCCAGCCAGGAGGCCUUCUCCUGGGCUUCAGACUCGCAGAUGCCCCCAUCCCCAUACAAAUUGUGUGGAUGACCCCAUUCUCAACUCACUGACAUAUAUUUAUGUAGUUUACAUUAUUUAAAAUUUGCCUGGUUCAUUGUCAUGCUAUUUAUUUGGGAGGCGGGGGCGGGUGAGGAGAUCCUGGGUGUGAGUUGACAGUGGCCAGGGCCACUUGGUGAUUUACCCUAGCCCAGCCAAACCUCUUUCUGGGCUUCGGAGUCACAGAUUAUUACACCUCCUUGUGUGGAUGUAUGGAUGAUGUAUCAACUCGCUGGUAUAUUCAUUAAUUCAUAUUGAUUCUUUUUUUUUUUCCAUGUUAUUUUACACGUGGUGUACGGCACCAUACACAUACAUAUUUCACUGUGAGGAGGAUGGCUCAAAGUUUAAAAAAACCCUGCUGGCCCCAAAUUCUGCCUUUGUUACUAAGGCAAGAGGGUUUUUUUUUUUGUUUUGGUUUUUUUUGGGGUGGGGUAGGAGAUACUUUGAGAGACGGUUAAAUCCCAGAAUAUGACCUUGGGUCUAUGCACAGACUGUUUGUGUGUGUGUGUCAGUGCGUGCGCGUGUGUAUUGAUGACGCAAAACAGUAAAAUGGAAGACUGUUCCUGUUUGAUACGUGUAAUUUAUAUUUCCUUCUUAAUUCGGGGCUUGUUUUGAAAUUCUUGCAGCAGAAACAUUGUAAAAUCAUAUUUAGCUAAUUACAUAAAAAAAAGAAAAGAUGUAUAUGAGUGAAGGUCGACGUUUGCAUACUUUCUACACUAUUUUCGUAAGGGGGUUCACACUAACGAUUGGAUAAACUGAAUGACGACGAGUGCUUUUUACGACCAUGUAACUUAUUUGUUUCAGUUUUCUACCACGUUUUUGGGUCAAUGAUUUAUGAGGCGCUGUUUAUUAAACUUACAUAUUCCUGAAACCUUCAA